CCACCGCUGGUACGUCUUGACAAGGUCGAGGUGCGUGAACGAGAAGGUGCCAGCUUCACGGUUGCCUGUACCACCGAGGGUUUUCCAGAACCCGUUCGGUACUGGUCCCGCGAGACCGGUGGUCUCUUCCGUCUCGGCGUCAGUGUCGACCAACAGUUAGUCUCACUCUGCCAUCUUUUUGUUGUUGUACCGUUCAAAAAACUUUCGGCUUGA